UAGAAAACUUUCCUCAGGUUUGUUUUACCUGUCCGGUGUCAUACCUGAAACAAGGACUUACCGAGCACACGUCAGUGAGCGUUAGAGUCCUGUGAGCUGCGGGAGACCGGGACACCCACAUCCAGCCAUGGCCGAAUCCCAGCUCACGUGCAUGGAGGACGGCCGCAUCGGAGUCAAUGUGCCGGAGACCAAACCGGAGUUUUACUACAGCGAGGAGCAGCGCGCUGCCAUCGAGGAGCUGCUGAAGAACGGCGACGGUGCGUUCAAGACGCGACUCAAGGAUGACAAAAUGAAGGACUUUCUGUCCGCGAGGGAAAUCAAAACACUGACCAACACUUUCAAACUCUACGACUCCGACGAGGACAGCGACCGCGCCGGCAAAGCCGCGCAGGACGGGGUAGGGGACGCGGACUCGGGGGUCCACUCCACCUACUGGCCCCAGAUGUCGGACACCGAGGUGCCACAGCUGGAUAUCGGCUGGCAGAGCGGGGGGAUGUUCAAAGGCGUGACCCGCGUGGCAGUGCACACACAUCCGCCCAAAGAUAAUGGACCGCACAUCAAGGAGGUGGUGAGGCGGCUCAUACAGGACGCUGGCAAGGUGAUAGCGAUCGUGAUGGACUUGCUCACAGAUAUCCAGAUCCUGCAGGAUCUGAUGGACGCGGCCUGGCGACGCUCUGUGGCCGUUUACAUCCUCUUAGAUAACCAAGGUGUGCCGCACUUCCUCGACAUGUGCUCCAGGCUGCAGAUGGGCUCGCAGCACCUCCGGAACAUCCGGGUCAGAUCGCUGCAGGGAGUUGGAUUCUUUCUGUCGUUCGGCAGACUGCCCGGUUCGCUCUCGAACAAGUACAUGCUUGUAGAUGGAGACAAAGUCAUGUUUGGCUCCUACAGUUUCUCCUGGGCAACAUCUCGCAUGGACCGAAAUAUGAUCACUGUGAUGACGGGACAAGUGGUUGACUUCUUUGACCGGGACUUCCGUGAAAUGUACGCCAUCUCUGAGAAGAUGGACCUCUACAAGGAGUUCCACGUCAGCCCGCCUGCUGCUCACACGACCGCCACGGUGCGCUCCAAAGUUGGGUCUAUACGUCCACCUUUACCGGCCACCACCUCUCGCUUCCAGGUCACCUUAGGAGAUUCACGGAAAGACAAAAUCGAGGUACCCGCGCACAAGUACUACAACCCCAAAUACUCGCUGGUGUUUGGGGAUGCCCUACGGCCAACGGGGUCUCUACAGGAGCCCGGAAUAAAGAGGGAGACAAUUAUGUCUCAGGUCGCUGAGGAGAUGGAAGAAGGUAGACCACGAGUGACCAGCAGUGAGAGGAUAGACCGGCUGAGUCCGUCAGCCGAAGCCCCGAGUGAACCCUACAGUAGACCGGAGACGACACAGGACAAGAAGGGGCGCAGCACGUUCAGGCAGAGAUUAUUCGGCAGGAAGUCCACUAAGAAUUCACCGACACCACCCGAUUGUGCUGACGAGAACGAGGAGAAGAGAGCGAAGGGGAACAAACUAGGCCUCAAGUCAGAGUCUCAGCAGCCGAUUAACAUCACAUUCGACAAUGAGAGUUUGAAGAGUCGACAUCGAGGAAAACCGAAGUGCACCUUGUCUUGAGGGUAACGUGGAUUUUUCUAACUUCAGAAUGCAGUCACGCCAUCUUACAAACAAACCCUCUUUAAAACCGAUGCCACUCAUGAUUGUGCAAUAUUGUGACUUUACCCACUGCCUUAGACGAAGACCAAAUGAAUGUACUGUGUCAGGUACUGUGACAAAUAAAAUAAAUGUGGGGGUUUUGUAUUGGGAUGCAGUAAAAGUUCAAUAAGAUAUGAAAUGGUGGUUCUGUUGUGUCUCGUUUUCUCUGAGCCUUGUUGGAAAGAGGGUCAACUGCUCCCCCUGGUGGACACUGAGUGCACUGGUUUACAGGUUUACAUUGUAGUGCACACAGUGAGAAGCAGAAGAAGACUUUCUCAGCUUUGAGAAAAUAAUAAUUUGUCUUCAGUUUACAAGAGAACAAGGUUUUGUAAAAGGGCGUCUGAUGGUAGCUGUAAACACACAGGCCUUCUCUAAAGCAGGGGUCACAAAGGGACCACAGAGGGGACCAUUUGGGUUUAUGUCCACAUCCAUGCACAGUUCCUGACUCAUUUGAUAUUUUGUCUUUGCUGAUAGCGCUACAGCUUUUAGCAAAGCCACUCAUCAUUAAAGAUGUUUCUUGAGCAGUCGUACUACGCGUUUGAAAGGACGAGGGUUCCACCCCUGAGGAGGAUCAUGGUUUAUUAUACUAAAUCUUCAAAUCACUCUCUGAACAUCACCAGUCUAAAUCAGGACUUUGUCAAACCUCAGAUUACUGUUGCUUUUUUUUUUUUGUUAAUGGUUCUGCGUCUUAAUUAUUCAAAAUGUCUCUGCGAUUCCUUUUACACCGUUUCAUGUUGUUAUUGCUCCGCGUUGCCUUCAGCUGCUUUUACUUGCCGUUUUUUAUAUCUCUGUUAUGUUUGUUUGUUUUUUGUUUUUUUUAAUCUUUUCAUGACUUU